CUUUUGCAAACACCUUAUCGGGUAUUUAAACAGCGCUUUCGCUGAGUAGAAUUUUAAAGACAAACAGUCAACGAUGAACACAGCAUCUCUCAAGUUUCUGGCGAUUCUCGUCGUCUGCGCAAUCGCGCUGCCCUCUGUGACUUUGGCGCUAACGAUUCAGCCCCGCAGCAGCUGGGGAGCAGCAAGUGCGCGAUCUCCCUCGCGCAUCAAUGGCGCCGUGGAGUAUGUGAUCAUCCAUCACUCGGACAAUCCCAAUGGCUGCACUACGUCAGCACAGUGUCAGCGUCUGAUCAAGAACAUACAGUCAGAUCACAAGGGAAGACGUAGCUUUAGCGAUAUUGGCUACAAUUUCAUUGUGGCCGGCGAUGGCAAUGUGUACGAGGGGCGUGGCUUUGGACUGCAGGGUUCACAUGCUCCGAUGUACAAUCGUCGCAGCAUUGGCAUCGUUUUUCUGGGCAACUUUGAGAACAGCACGCCGUCGGCUCAAAUGUUGCAGAAUGCCAAGGAUCUGAUUGAGCUGGCCAAGCAAGGUGGACACCUGAAAAACGAUUACACGCUGCUGGGUCAUCGUCAGACAAAGGCAACCAGUUGCCCUGGCACAGCGCUCUACAAUGAGAUCAAAACGUGGCCACGCUGGAAGCAGAUUUAAGACUACAAUUUAAAUAAAUACUCAAUAUUUAU